ACUUAUACAUGGAUGUUCAUAGCAUUAUUAUAAUAUUCCAAAUGCUCAAAGAACCUUGAUGUUUGUCACUGAUGAAUGGAUAACUGAAAUGGCGCAUAUCCUUCCAAUAGCAUAGUUUGCAGCAAUAAAAAGGAAUGUUAUAACAUGGGUGAAUCCUGAAACAUAAUGCCAAGUGGUAGAAACGAGUUACAAAUGACAUCAUAUUGUAUGAUUUCUUUUAUACGAAAAAGCAGAAUAGACAAAACUGUUUUUAAAAAUAGACUUUAGGAAAAAAAAAUAAUAAAAAAAUAAUAAAAAUAGACUUUAGGGGGCUGUCAGCACCGCCUUCCGCCGCAUGUGCCAGCAACGCGAUGCCCAAAUCCAAGCGCAACAAGAAAGUUUCCUUAACCAAAACUGCUAAGAAAGGCUUAGAACUGAAACAGAACCUGAUAGAAGAGUUUGGGAAAUGUGUGGCCACGUACAAGUACCUAUUCCUCUUCUCCGUGGCCAACAUGAGGAACAGCAAGCUGAAGGACAUCCGGAGCGCCUGGAAGCACAGCCGGAUGUUCUUUGGCAAAAACAAGGUGAUGAUGGUGGCCUUGGGUCGAAGCCCAGCUGACGAGUACAGAGACAACCUACAUCAGGUCAGCAAGAAGUUGAGGGGUGAGGUCGGUGUCCUUUUCACCCAGCGCAGCAAGGAGGAAGUGAAUGAGUGGUUUACGAAAUACCCGGAAAUGGACUUCGCUCCAGCCGGAAACAAAGCAACUUUCACUGCGACCCUGGACCCACGGCCCCUGGAGCACUUCCCCCACUCCAUCGAGCCACCGCUGAGGCAGCUCCAGAGAGGUGUGCUGACGCUGCUGUCCGACCACGAGGUGUGCAAGGAGGGCGAUGUGCUGACCCCAGAGCAGGCCCGCGUGCUGAAGCUUUUCGGGUAUGAGAUGGCUGAAUUCAAGGUCACCGUCAAAUACAUGUGGGAUGCACAGUCCGGAAGGUUCCAGCAGAUGGGCGAUGACUUGCCCGAGAGUGCAUCCGAAUCAGCAGAAGAGUCAGACGGGGAGGACGACGGCUGA